AUGGCGACAAACCAUGUUCGUUCCACGAGUUUGCCUACUGCAACUCAUCCUCUUAUUGCAAGUGCAGUGGAGCAGUUGCAAAGGUUGAAGUCAUCUGAAUUAACUUCCACAUCUUCUCACUCUACAAUAUUCCAAAGAUUGGACGGUCUUAGAAAAUUAUACGAAUGUGUUGAUGAUGUCCUCCUUUUGCCAAUCAACCAACAAGUUCUCUCCCUUGAAAAACAUGCCAAAUUACUUGAACAAGUCUCUGAUGUGUCCCUCAAUGUUGUCGAUACCUGUAGCAUCGUUAAAGAUGCUUUCUCACAAAUAAAGGAACGUAAAUAUUUCCGAGAUCUUUUGAACCACACAGAGAAGAAUUACACAAUAGUGAUAGACGACUCUGACUUAGCAUCAUCGAUUAGCUUAAUCAAAGGAGUUGAAGAAGUUAGUCUUACAGUAUUGGAAUCAACUCUAUCUUUCAUUUCAAAUCCAAAGAUGAGAUCAAAGGCAAGUGGAUUGUCUUUGUUCUCUAAGCUGUUGAAGCCAAAGAGAGUGUCAUGUGAAGGAGCUGAUAUCUCAGAAGUAGAGAAGAUAGACAUGGAAUUGCUUCUUCUUAUUCAAAGUAAACAAACAGAUCAUUCACAAAUGCAAAGUGUACUUAAAAAACUCGAGACAUUUGAAUCGAACAUUCAAGAAUUGGAGGACGGAUUAGGAACCAUAUUUAGGUAUCUUCUAAAAACCAGAGUUUCCCUCCUCAACCUUCUUAACCACUAA